UUCUCUUUGAAUAUAUGCAUCAAUGGCAUCAUGUUCUUGGCUGAAACAACACUUCACUUCUGUUAUCUUUGUCUUUGUAACAGUAACCAGCUUUGGUUCACCGGUGAUAGGAUGUUUCACGUCGAUUUUCAGUUUCGGUGAUUCUUUAACCGAUACCGGCAACUUACUCAGGAUAUCGAUUUCAGAAUCCAGCAGGCUUCCUCAUGCUGCAUUUCCUCCAUAUGGCCGUACCUAUUUUCACCGUCCGACCGGGCGGUUCUGCGACGGCCGCUUGGUUAUAGAUUUCCUUGCUGAAGCAUUGGGAUUUCCCCUUCUACCACCAUUUUAUGGAUCAAAAAGUGGAGGAUUGGAGGAAUUUCAAAAGGGAGUGAAUUUUGCAGUGGCGGGUGCUACCGCUCUCAAUUCUUCCUUCCUUGGGGAGCAAGGAAUCUAUAGUGUCUCCACCAACAUUUCAUUGGGAGUCGAAGUGAAUUCCUUCAAAGAUCUAUUGCCAUCUCUUUGCUCAUCUUCUUCAAAUUGCAGAGAGUUCCUCCGGAACUCGUUGAUUGUGAUGGGAGAGAUUGGAGGAAAUGAUUACAAUCAUCCAUUCUUGCAAGGGCAAAACACUGAGAAAAUCCGACAACUUGUCCCUCUUGUUGUCGAUGUUAUAACUUCAUCGAUCAAUAAGUUGAUCGAGUUAGGGGCGGAGACAUUUUUGGUCCCCGGAAACUUCCCAAUUGGAUGCUCCCCAUCUUUGCUGACAAGAUUUCAAAACUCAAGCAAGGAUCAAUAUGAUCCCUUGACCGGUUGUCUAACAUGGUUGAAUCAGUUCUCCAAAUACCAUAACAAGUUGCUUCGAAAAGAACUCGACGGACUCCGAAACCGACAUCCCGACACCAACAUAAUCUAUGUCGAUUAUUACGAUACCUCAACCCGUAUCUACCAUUCCCCGGAGCAAUUCGGGUUUAAAGAAACACUCAAGGCAUGCUGCGGGACUGGAGACGUUUACAACUACGAUCCUUCGAAAUCUUGCGGUUAUCCGCCAUUGGAACGAUGCUGCAAAGAUCCUUCUUCCCACAUAAACUGGGAUGGUAUCCAUUACACAGAAGCUGCCAACAGAUGGUUUGCCAGCGUUGCACUUGAAGAUCUGAUGAACGCUAUUCCUAGUUUAAAAAACCUGUGUCCCACAUCGACUUCAAACAAACGGGGAAUAAUGUAUCCAAAAUCAGAGAUGUAAAUUAUAAUAUUGGAUAUUUUAUAAUAUGUGUCAAAUUUGAGACUUGUCAUCAAUGUAUAUUGAUGUUUCUUUGAUAAUGUAAAAAUAUUUUUAAUUGGCUAA